GCAAAUAAAUGUGGUCCAACGAUGUUGACCCCGCCUCGCGUCAUUCGCGUCGCUGAUCCGAGUUGGCGAAAGGGAGUCCGGGAGUCACGGCUGGGCACCAUAUUCCGAUCAAUUCAGUCGUGCUCGAACCGUUAGUAUCAUUCGUCGCGUCGUCUAUCACGCAUUUGAGGAACGCAUUUGAGACCAUCCCAUAACGACAGAAACGUGAAUCCACGGGAGCUCAGGUGUCGACGUUACCGUCAAGAUUGUUCACUUGCGAUUAAGCCCGAUUUCCAGACACGGAAAUCACGCGAAUUACACGUGGCAGUGUUUUCCGAUUUGAUCGUGCAUUCUAUCGCGCCGCCGUGCUUCCUGUUCUAUCGAUUUUCACAAAGCCGUUUUCGCGCGCAAUCCUUCCUACGAGCAACAGACACGGGAUGAAAGAAGAAACCGGUUGAAAUUGAGGGUCUAGAAGAUCGAGGCAUCCUCGUGAUCGCAUCCCGGAGGACGCACCGUGUCAAGCGCGUCGACACAUACACACAUACACACGCGUCCAAGCACGUAGGUGGCAAAAGAAGAGCGUCGUCCGUCGACUUUGGAACACGCGGGACGGCAUGACGCAACACGACCGGCCCGACCGUCGGCGAAUCGAUUGAACACCGAAAAGCGGGAAGGGAACCUCAGUCGCGAAGUCGACCGUCGAUCGAUGAGAAUCCACGUCUGACGGCGAAAGGACCGAACGUGACAGCGAAGGGAAAAGCGCUCUUCCUUUUCAUCGGCACGUCGCGUGCGCAGCGUCUCGUUCUCACGCUGAUAACGUAGUUGCGACGUACGUUCGUGGCAAGCGAAAAUGGCCCUCUUCCGGAAGUUCAACGAGAAGAUUCCUCGAAGAGGAAUCCUGGGAGCGAUGAUGUUCCUGGCUUGCAUGUUUUCAUACGUCAUUCGUACCAAUUUAUCCAUAUCCAUUGUCGCCAUGGUAAACACUACAAGGAAAGAUGGUGGUGUCGGGCCAGCGUGUUCUAUCAACGAUAUAAAAAGCAAUAAGACCAUCGAGCUCAAAGAUUUUGGGGAGCGUUUUGAAUGGAAUCAACAUAUCCAAGGAUUGUUACUAUCAGGAUACUUUUAUGGUGUUUUGCCAGCUAGCGUACCAGCUGGACUUUUAGCUGAAAAAUACGGAGGCUCUAAAGUAGUGGCAUUCGCUACGUUAAUACCCGCAGUAUUAAAUCUUCUGAUGCCUUGGGCUGCUAGUGUUCAUUACGGUUUCGUUUUUGCACUUCGUUUUGUAAUGGGAUUUUUCGGAGGUGCCGUUUAUCCCGCUCUUCAUGCGAUGAUUGCUAGAUGGGUACCUCCUGGUGAAAAGGGCAUGUUUGUAUGGACCAUGCAAGGUGGUCCAUUCGGAACUGUGGUAACAUUUGCUUUAUGUGGCGCUGUUAUUAGUGCCUAUGGAUGGAAAGCUGCAUUUUAUGUUACAAGCGGGCUCAUGUUAGUUUUCUAUGCUUUAUGGGUUUUUUUAAUAUACGAUACACCGGAUUUACAUCCUAAUAUUACAGAAAAGGAGAAAAUCUACAUAAAAGAAAAAAUAGGUACUUCUGUCUCAAAACAAAAGGUCCAAUUACCGGUAAAGUCAGUCGCUACAUCUUUACCGUUCCUAGUAUUAUUAUGGGCUCAUUUUGCAAACAUGUGGGGUAUAUAUUUCAUCGCUACAAACGGGCCUAAAUAUACAUUGGAAGUUCUUGGUUUCAACAUGAAAUCGGGUGGCGCAAUAACUGGGUUACCUUACAUAGCUAGACUGGGCGCUGGAGUGUUAUUUGCAGCAGCGGGUGAUUACGUGCGUAGGAAGAACUUUUUAUCUUUAGGCUGGAUAAGGAAAAUAUUUAUGAUUUUCUCUCACAUGGGACCUGCAGUUUGUCUUAUAGUAAUGACAUACGUCGGUUGUGAUGCCACAGCUGCGAUAAUAAUGUUAAUACUAGCGCUGGCCUUCAAUGGUGCCGCGUGUCAAACUAGUUUACAGAAUCAUCAAGACUUGGCACCGAAUUAUGCCGGCUCCUUAUAUGGAAUUAUGAACACUUUUGGCAGUUUCCCCGGAUUCAUCAUUCCACCCAUUAUUGGCGCAUUAACUAAUGAAAGAAACGGCAUUGAGGAAUGGCGUAUAAUGUUCUGGAUAUCGGCCAUUGUGUUUACGUCAGCAACGAUUCUCUUUUGGUUAUUUGGAUCUGCCGAAAUUCAACCGUGGAAUGAUACAACUCACACAAAAGUACCCACUGAUAACGAUGAAGAAAAACGGAUAAACGAAACGGUGACAAAAGAUGGAAUUGAUACAGAAACUGAAGAAAAUGAACGUCUUUAGUGAUUUAGACAAUAAAAUAAAAGUGAAUAAAUUGUGUAUCCAUAUCUGUACAAAAAUUAAUUAGUUUAUUG